AUGCGGUCUACACUUCGACUGUUGGCCAAUGUCAAGCCCCGGUACUUGGAGCCUUUUGCCCCGACUGGAUUGACUGGCCUGGUCACUCACCCGAGUCCCCGCCCGACUUUGAUCUAUUUAUAUACCUCCACCUUGCAGAAGCUUCAGUCUUUCCCCGAGAACUCCGCCUACCGUAAAUCUGUCGAGGCAUUGAGCCGUCACCGCCUGCAGAUCGUCGAGUCCAAGAAACCCCAGGGCUUUGAUGCGUGGUUGGAGCGCGUGAAGAAGACCGUCGGUGCCGAGCCCGAACGGUUUGCCCAGCUCCAGCGCUCUGACGGUUCAUUUGCCUACGCCGCUUCACAACAAAGAGAUGGAAGCGACAUCUCUCGUGGUGAAGAAUGGGAUGGCGAAGGCUUUGCUGCUACCACCGAGGGCCCGACCCGCACCGCGGAGGAAGAGGCCGAGUGGAUCAAGAUCAUUGAAGAGGGCAGCGAGACUGCGAAGAACGAAUCAGACUUCCACGAGGUCCACAUGAAGUGGGAGAACGAGCCCCCUCUGGAUGCCGAACAAAUUUCUCAGAUUGAGCGUGAGAUUGGUGCCGGUCUCAUCGAGGAGGUCAUUCAGGUUGCAGAGGCUGAGUUCAAUCUUGUUGAUGAGCUCCACAAGUCCAAAGUGUGGGAGGAACUUGAGGUGAAGCCACAACCAGGCCAGUGGGAAUACUUCGAGCGCGGUAAUUAG